CUCAUCCGGUUCGAACCAGUUCUCGAUGCUAUGGCCUGUUGUUAUUCAGGUGAUCUCUAUGCUGGGACUCCUAAUUGCCCAUCUUACGCAACCUAUCUUCCCAGAUUUCUGGUCACCGGGCUCACAUGUUCCAACAUGGCCCUCGCCUUUCUCAGUGCGCCUAAGAGUCUUGUCCGAUAUCUUUGUGGCUGCUGCUGGUGCCUGUAGUGAAGCAAAUGCACCACGUAAAAUUGCAGGAUCAUUCUCCUCCCUGGCCCGGCGCAAUGUCUCGCGGCCGUCCUGCUCUCUUUUUUGGUAUGAUCCCCCCUCCGUACUCCGUUCCCUCUGUAACACCGUUUAGGGCCAUGCCCUAUGUCCUCUGCUCUCUGUAUUUUCCCC